GGCACUGGUGGAUCGGAUAGGAUACCAGUUUCGUCUUCACCUGAUCGCUCUCUGCUCGUCAAGCGAUGACGAAAGCCUCCUGUUGUUUUGGUAAAGCUGAAGCCUUCCUUUUGAAGAUGCCAGGAGACGGUGGUCCUCAAUCCUGAUGCCAGGUGUCUCACGCUUUGGUCCUCGAGAGAUGGAGAUAGGCGAGCCAAGCGAGUCGGCCAGCAUCUCUUUCCGAGAAGGAGGGAGUGGGUUGUUCAGGUCUCCCACUACCCACUAAGGAAGUAGCCGAGAGAAUCCUACAGAAAUGAAUUUCCAAGCGAAGUUGGGGACCUUCCUCGACCUCUUGUGGAACCUGAUAGGUGUUAAACCCAAAAAUAAUUCAUUUGCGAUGGAAAAGGCUCUAGGCAGAGGAACCCCAAAGAGGAUUGCAGUAGUGACAGGGGCCAACAAAGGAAUUGGACUGGAGAUAUGCAGGCAGCUAUCAUCCAACGGAGUCCAGGUGCUGUUGACGGCACGAGAUGAAGAGCGGGGGACUGCAGCUGUUGAGAAGCUUCGGGCUUCCGGAGCAUCUGAUGUGGUGUUCCAUCAGCUGGAUGUUACUGACUCAGUUAAUGCUUCUUCCUUGGCGGAUUUUGUCAGGAAUCAGUUUGGCAGGCUUGAUAUAUUGGGGCUAUUCUUCUUGUCCCUCUACUGUGAUACCUUCUUACAGGUUGAAUGGAAUUACCUUACAUUUUUCCGUCAAAGAAAAGAAGAAGAGAAAGGAACAAUAUCUUCUGAUCAUGCUAUAGCUAAUCAAGCUUGUCUAUCCAUCACCAGAGCGUUUUAUUCCACAAUAUCAACAGACAGUUGUAUUAGACUUGGCUAAAAGCCAUUAAGAAGACAACUAAGAUGUAAAGGUAAACAAUGCAGGGAUUCUUGGAACAGAAUCAGACUCUCAAAGA